CGCACGGAGCCGCCGCCGGGAGCGCCGGGAGCGCCGGCGGGAUGAGCGGGAGCGGCAACGCCGGGCCCGGCGCGGCGCCCUGCCGCUUCGCCCACUACUUCGUGCUGUGCGGCAUCGACGCGGAGAGCGGGCUGGAGCCCGACGAGCUGGCAGUCUUGUACCAAUAUCUACAAGCAGAUCUCCAUGGCAAGAGCUCAGACACUGCAGACAAAACCUCAGGAGAGAAUUUUGACCAGAGUCCCCUAAGAAGAACAUUCAAGUCCAAAGUUUUGGCCCACUAUCCUCAGAACAUCGAGUGGAACCCUUUUGACCAGGAUGCUGUCAACAUGCUGUGCAUGCCCAAGGGGCUGUCUUUCAGGACGCAGGCGGACAACAGAGACCCGCAGCUGCACUCCUUCAUCAUCACCAGGGAGGACGGCUCCCGCACGUACGGCUUUGUGCUCACCUUCUACGAGGAGGUCACGAGCAAGCAGAUCUGCACGGCCAUGCAGACGCUGUACCAGAUGCACAACGCAGAGCAGUACAGCAGCGUCUGCGCCUCCUCCUCCUGCAGCAUGGACUCCCUGGCCAGCAGCAUCGACGAGGGCGACGCCACGUCCCUCGCCAAGCUCCAGCGCUACAACUCCUACGACAUCAGCAGGGACACGCUCUACGUCUCCAAGUGCAUCUGCCUCAUCACCCCUCUGCCCUUCAUGCAAGCCUGCAAGAAGUUCCUGAUCCAGCUCUACAAGGCAGUGACCUCCCAGCAGCCACCGCCUCUGCCCCUGGAGAGCUACAUCCACAACAUCCUCUACGAGGUGCCCCUGCCACCCCCGGGGAGGUCGCUCAAGUUUUAUGGGGUUUAUGAGCCCAUCAUUUGCCAGAGACCUGGCCCCAACGAGCUGCCACUCUCUGACUACCCUCUGAGGGAGGUCUUUGAGCUGCUGGGCCUGGAGAACCUGGUCCAGGUCUUCACCUGUGUUCUUCUGGAGAUGCAGAUCCUUCUGUACUCACAAGAUUAUCAGCGGCUGAUGACGGUGGCAGAGGGAAUCACAACGCUGCUGUUCCCGUUUCAGUGGCAGCACGUGUAUGUCCCCAUCCUUCCUGCCUCUCUCCUGCAUUUUCUGGAUGCUCCUGUUCCCUACCUGAUGGGGCUGCAGUCUAAGGAGGGAACCGACCGCUCCAAGCUGGAGCUGCCUCAGGAGGCAAACUUGUGCUUUGUAGACAUCGAUAACCAUUUCAUCGAACUGCCGGAGGAAUUCCCACAGUUCCCCAACAAGCUGGAGUUUAUCCAGGAAAUCUCUGAGGUUCUCCUGCAGUUUGGGAUCCCUCCAGAAGGCAACCUGCAUUGCAGUGACAGUGCCACCAAACUCAAGAACUUGGUUCUUAGUGACCUGGUGAAUGACAAGAAGAACGGGAACAUCCCCAGCAAUGCCCUCAACAUGUACGAGCUGCUGAAGGGCAACGAGACGAUCGCCCGCCUGCAAGCCCUGGCCAAGAGAACAGGCGUGACCAUGGAGAAAAUGACCAUCACCACCCCCCUCACAGAGGAGAAGGAUGGGAAGUUGUCGUGUGAGGAGCUGGAGCUGAGGGACUACAAACUGAACGUGCAGCUCCGCGAGGUUUUCGCCAACCGCUUCACGCAGAUGUUCGCAGACUACGAGGCUUUCGUCAUCCAGGCUUCCCCCGACAUGGAGUCGUGGCUGACAAACAGGGAACAAAUGCAAAACUUUGACAAAGCUUCCUUCCUUUCGGACCAACCCGAGCCUUACCUCCCAUUCCUUUCACACUUCAUCGAAACACAGAUGUUUGCAACCUUCAUAGACAAUAAGAUAAUGUCCCAGUGGGAAGAGAAGGACCCUUUUCUACGAGUUUUUGACUCCCGAAUUGAGAAAAUAAGGCUAUAUAAUGUCAGGGCCCCCGCACUGCGGACGUCCAACUACCAGAAAUGCAGCACUUUGAAAGAAGCAGGUCAGCUGUCUAUUCAGCGUCUAGUUUUGGCAGAUAUUGUGGCACCAGAACCUCAUUUUCUGUCUUGUGAAAAGCAGCAAACUGAUACCCAGUCCAUCGAGCAGCGGCUGAUGAAGAUUGACCACACGGCCAUACACCCUCACCUGCUCGACAUGAAGAUUGGCCAAGGGAAGUAUGAACAAGGAUUUUUCCCAAAGCUGCAAUCAGAUGUCUUGGCAACAGGACCCACCAAUAACAACCGCUGGGCCAGCCGCAGCGCCACCACGCAGCGCAGGAAGGACCGCCUGCGGCAGCACUCGGAGCACAUCGGGCUGGACAACGACAUGAGGGAGCCAUCGGAGGAGCUUUUGCUUCGUCAGAACUCAAUGGCCUUCUGGGAGUGGGAUCAGGGACCACCCCCUCCUGCACGGCCUCCUAAAAAAUCCUUCUCUGAAUGCUGCCUGAAAUACAUGCAGGAGGCAAGGAGUUUAGGUAAAAAUUUAAGGCAGCCCAAACUAUCAGACCUCUCUCCAGCUGUGAUUGCACAGACCAACUGGAAAUUUGUGGAAGGACUACUGAAGGAAUGUCGCAUGAAGACUAAACGCAUGUUGGUAGAAAAAAUGGGCCAUGAAGCAGUUGAGCUGGGACAUGGAGAAGCCAACAUAACAGGUCUGGAGGAAAAUACACUGAUUGCCAGUCUCUGUGAUCUGCUAGAAAGAAUCUGGAGCCAUGGUCUGCAGGUCAAGCAGGGGAAAUCUGCAUUGUGGUCCCAUUUGCUUCAGUAUCAGGAGAGAGAAGAGAAGCAGGAGCACAGUGCAGAGUCCCCAGUUGGUGGUGGAACAGAAAGACGAAAGUCUGAUACAGGAAUUACUCUGCCUACAUUGAGGGUUUCCCUGAUACAAGAUAUGAGGCACGUUCAGAACAUGAGUGAGAUAAAGACUGAUGUGGGGCGCGCCCGAGCCUGGAUAAGACUUUCUCUGGAGAAGAAGCUUUUGUCUCAGCACCUGAAGCAGCUGCUUUCCAACCAGGCACUUGCAAAGAAACUUUACAAGCGUUACGCUUUCCUGCGCUGUGAAGAGGAACGGGAGCAGUUUCUGUAUCACCUGCUCUCACUCAAUGCUGUGGAUUACUUCUGCUUCACAAGUGUCUUCACUACAAUCAUGAUCCCUUACAGGUCAGUGAUAAUUCCCAUCAAAAAACUCAGCAAUGCAAUAACCACAUCAAACCCGUGGAUAUGUGUGUCAGGAGAACUGGGAGACAGUGGCGUCAUGCAGAUUCCUAAAAACCACCUAGAAAUGACGUUUGAGUGCCAGAACUUGGGGAAGCUGACGACUGUUCAGAUUGGUCAUGACAACUCAGGGCUGCUGGCCAAGUGGCUAGUUGAUUGUGUCAUGGUCAGGAAUGAAAUAACAGGACACACGUACAAGUUCCCCUGUGGGCGGUGGCUGGGAAAAGGCGUGGAUGAUGGCAGUCUGGAGCGAAUCCUCAUUGGAGAGCUGGUGUCCUCCACCUCUGACGAGGAGCUGGGGAAGCAGUGCCGCACCCCGCCCCAGCAGAAGUCUCCCACUGUGACUCGGCGCCUGAGCAUCACUUCCCUCACAGGGAGGAACACCAAGCCUAAUGCGGGGCAGAUCCAAGAGGGAAUCGGGGAAGCUGUGAACAACAUUGUGAAACACUUCCACAAGCCAGAGAAAGAGAGAGGGAGCCUUACCAUUCUGUUGUGUGGAGAGAAUGGUCUGGUUGCAGCACUGGAGCAGGUCUUCCACCAUGGAUUCAAAUCAGCUCGCAUUUUUCAUAAGAAUGUCUUCAUCUGGGAUUUCAUAGAGAAAGCUGUUGCUUACUUUGAAACCAGUGAUCAGAUUGGAGACAACGAGGAGGCCCUUUUGCUUCAGAGAUCUUCAUGCAAAACCUUCUGUCAUUAUGUCAGUGCCAUCAAUACAGCUCCUAGGAACAUUGGAAAGGAUGGCAAAUUCCAAAUCCUGGUUUGCCUGGGAACAAGGGACCACUUGCUGCCUCAGUGGAUCCCGCUGCUGGCGGAGUGCCCGCCCAUCACGAGGAUGUACGAGGAGAACGCUCUCCUCCGGGACCGCAUGACUGUCAACUCCCUUAUCCGAGUGCUGCAGACAUUGCAAGACUUCAACAUCAUCCUAGAAGGAUCGCUCAUUAAAGGAGUGGAUGUUUAGCAUGGCUUUGCUGAGAACUUCAUUACUCCUUUCCCAAACAAGCAAACCACAAUUGGAGACCUGUCAGGACUUGAAUGCCAUGGUAGUGCACCACUGUAAUGCAAAGCUGCUGGUGAAAGCAGGAUUGGGAAACCCAGUUUGUGCCCGAUGGGGACUGGCCUCUAAAGCUGCAGUAUUGUAGUUUAUUUGAAACAGAAAUUUAGUACAAAAAAUAGAGUAUUUUCAUGUGUUAGAUGUGUGUAAAUAUGCUAUCUUUCUUUAAGAAAUUAUAUUACUCUAAGAAAUUUUUCUUAGAGUGAAUGUUCUUGUUCUGACUAUGAGUAGCUUAAACCCAGGGGAAGGACUUGGGGGAGGGAGGGAAGGACCAAGGUGGGAAGGGAUGUCUCUACUUGCUUGCAAGGAAGAAGCCAAUCAACGUGUAAAUACAGCGCAAACUCAGCAGGGCUUUUUUCAGGUAUUGCAAAUUAAUACAGCAAAUAUCCUUAUGUAGCCAUUGUGAUCGUGUCGCUCUUGGAAAUGCUGUAAGCAUAUGCUGGUCUACCCUGCUGUACAUGGUCUCUCUUAGUUUAUUGUUCAAAGAUUCACCUUCCCAUGCAUGGAAGUAGUGAGUUGCUUUUUUUUUUUCCUGUAAGGUCUUUUGUGUCACUCCUGUUGAUUUCCAAAAGGGGAAACAAGUGUUGGAAUGCUUCAACACUGGAGAGAAGGACUGCUGUCAGCCUGAGAGGAUGAGACACCUGUUGAAGCCCUGCUGCUGCAGCCUGAGAUGGGGAAUGGUGGCUUGCUUGGCUCGCUCAGCAUCUCCCUUCCCUGUCUAGAUGUUCUCAUGAUUCACCCUCACCCUCAGCCACUUUGUGUUGUGGAUGACCUUUUUUUUUUUUUCUCCUGAUGAGGAAUUUGGUUUAUGCCAAAUUCUUGCUGUACUUGAGAAGAAUCAUUGCUGUAGAGCAACAGACGCUGCUGUUGCUGUGCUACCAAACUCUAUCAGCUGGUUUUGAAAUGCUGACAGGUUAUGAGUCUUCCUUUAUCCUGCAGAAUGAGUGCUCCUAGGGGAGUACAGGAUCUUAUCUUGGAUGACUUUUUUUUUUUUUAAAUAAUUAUCCAGCUACAAAAAGAAAAGGAAUUAAAGAAAUUCAGCAAAAGGAGGAAAAAUGAUCUCACGUUGGUAUUUUGAGGCUUCUCUCCUACACUUUCCAGUUAAUAUGUUACUAAUACAGUGCAUAUAUGGAGAUACAGUUCUUGAUGAGGAGCUGGAAGCAACUGUAUGAUACAAAUUGAACAAGAGAUUAUAUCAAAAUCACCUUGUGAAUGCCAUGCAGCAAGUACAGAGUGUAUUUUCCAUUGUUGUGGAUAGGAGUUGGAAGGGUCUGAUGACGCAGUUAGCUUCACCUGAUUUUAAUUUUUGGAAGUUAGUUUAAAUACAGGUUUUUGUUUUCACUUGUUUAUUCCCCACAAUCUUGGGCCUUUGGUCAGUGGAUUCUUUGGAGUCUCACUGUCAGCUGAGGUUGGGAAGGGCCUCUGACUGGUUCUGUAAGUGUUGCCUUGCACCUUGUGCUCUCAAGUGGGGCUUGGCAAUGGUGGCCGGGUCUUGGCAUAGCGUGCACAUGGUGGAAAGAGGGAUGGGAGAUAAGGACAAAGAAAGAGGAUGAAAAUUAGGAUUUGCUUUCUCACCUGCCUUUUGUCAAGCUUCUCUACUUUCCUGUGGUCCUUCUGCUGCUCGAUUUUUAGAACAGGACUCACUUCAGUGUCAAACUUUCAUGUCAGACUCCCAGCCAGAAGAAAACUCGUCGUGUAACUUUGUUUCAUUGGAGAGUUUUAUGUUAUAGAAGUUGUUUUGUUUCUAGGAAAGAAGUAAAAUAACACUGUCAAGGAGCCUUCCACUUUUAAUGAGGGUUCCAGCUUUCAGUAACCAUUCUUUCCUCCUGAGCUUGUGCUUCCUUAAGCUGACUGAACUCAUCCCAAAUACUGCAGGCACCACUGCCAUGUCUCUGCUGUGGGUGUGAAUAAUUAAUGUAAAGGCUGUGAAUGUUGUCUGGAGUUAGUAGCUAGAGCCCACAGUUGUGUGACAUCUCUUACAUUUCCAGAAAUGUGAAAUUUGGGGUGUUAGGAUUUUCUGUGUGGCCAGGCGUGUCUGCUUAAAGUCAGCAGACGAAGCAUGACAGCCCUUCAGCAGCAAUUGAAAAUGUGUCCCUGUACUUAACUCUAUCAAUGAAUUAUACAUUUAGCACCAGAAACCAUGUGGCAGCAUUAUUUGGUAAUGACUGCUUAGGAUGUUUUGAUUUCUAUUACAGCUCAGGCCUUUCAUGUCUAAUGACUGCUGUACAGGAUUUUUUCACGCCCAGCCCAGUCUAAGUGGCUUUCAUUUUACUGAAAUAACCACCUCUUUAGUCCUUAGAUUUCUUCACAGCAUCAUCUGCAUUUGCAGGAUGGAUGCUUCCCAAAGUACAUUGCUGCAGACUUCUCCAAAGGCUACGUAUGUCUGGCACAGUUGUAGCAUUCAUCUGACAUGGCAAGGGUUAAGUGCAAGCAGGAUAAAGGAGAAAUGUCAUUCAUUUAAAUGAAUAAACCACAUACAGAGAAAAAAGGCAAUAACUACAUUAAGUCUUUCUUAAGUUAAAAGGAGUCAAAACGUGAGAAUUUUUGAAAUUCAGAUCAGGGCCUUUCCCCAUAUCAGACUACAUUAAGAAACCUUUAGCACUUAACACAACUUCACCUCAGCUUUUUCAGCAAGUGUUGACUUGUUUGGUUUUGUCAGGUUUCACAUCAUAUUAAUAAUAAUACAUUAAAAAUUAUGUAUGUCUCAUGUUUCCUUGUAGGCAAUAAACCACCCCAAGAUAUGUUGAAAGGGGCACAGCUGAGUGCCUCAGAUUCCUAGAGUAGUUAUUUGACAACCUUGGGAGAAUGGUUCUUCAUAGUGAAUUUUUAUUCUACCAUGUAUGUUUUGGUUUUUUUUAGUAGACUACUUUUGUUGAUUGGAAACUGUGAGGUUUUUUUCUGUAAGGUUUACAGAAAUCAUUCUACCCACUAGAAUGGUGAGAAGCUCAUCAGGAUUCUUCUAAGCUAACACAGCUUUUACUUCAGUGUUAAAGCACCUUCUUUGGUUGAGAAAGGGAAUCUUGGAAAAGACCAAAGCUCUCUGGUAUCUGCUUUGUAAAAAAACAAAAAAAUUCCUAUCCAAUGCCCAUCUGCAGAUGUCUGAGUUUGCAUAGUCCAGUUGUACUAACAGCCAGCAUGAUAACUUGAGGGAGUCAGGGAAUCUAAUGCCUCACUGUGUACAAAAUGUGUAUUUAUAAUUCUCUGAAAUAAAUGAAGUUGUACUGUUUAGUGAAUAAUCUACUCAUGUUUAUUCCAAGUUGGUUUGUGAAAUUAGCUAUCAUUGUUCAAAAACGUGUUUUUAGGGUAGUUGCGCGGCAGGUUUGGGAGAAUUCCUUCUUUCAAUCAAAUGAAGGUGCGCAUCGUGAGGGGGAAACGUUGUGUGUUACACUUGAAAUGUACAAAUGUACCCUGUAUAGCUUAAAAAUGAUCCCUAAAUGUCUCCAUUAAGUAUAUUUUGUCUUUACAUUACUACUAACGGAAUAAGAACUGGAUUAUUUUCAAGACAACAUUAGUAAUAGUAUUGUUAUAUCAAGCACUUUAACAUACACACCACAGACCGACAUGGGUUUUUCAGGUUUUGAAGUACAUUGAAAUACAGCUUUUCAUGCUAUGUCCUUUACAAAUAAAACUGUGAGAAUAA